AUGUUUGGCGGCACCAGCGGGCAUUCACAAUCGACACAAGAAUCACCCGCUGCACACAAUCCCCAUACCGCCGUCCGGCCUUCGCCGCAAGUAAACAGCGAUCAUAAUUUACGCAUCGCGCCACCGACAGACACUCCGAUGUCCGACCCAGGCCCCGCACCGGGCUCAACACCAGGACAGCGAACGCAACAACACAACGGACCUGAGCCCACUCCUCACGGUUCUUCCUCACAGCAGCCUGUCCCAGCUGCACCUCCGAGCCCGCACUUUCGACCGCAUUCGCAGCAACCGACUCCUGCCGGCGCGCAACCCCGACCCGUGCCAUCAUCCACAACAUCAUCUUCCCAACAGUCACCUAUAGGUUCACUGCGAUCGCCCUUGGAAGCCACCGGGUCCGCAUCUCCUCGACGGAUCAAAGUCAAAAGCCUCUCGCACAUACAAAGCUUCGCAACCGACGAAUCCAGCCCAUUCUCCCAGACGCGAUCCCUGUCUCGACGACAGCGCAGAGACCCGAACGAUGUCGGCCCACAGUACGAAAUCAGCGAGAUGCCUGUCUCCGACAUUAUCGAGAUGGUUGCUGGCUUGUUGACCAAGAUUACCACCACUAAUGAUCGACAGCAUGAGCAUUUGCAUCGCCAGAUACCGCCGCCAGAAGGUGCCACUGGCUUGAGCCAGCAGACUACCAGCGUUCUGGCAUUCCAUGGCAAGAAUGUUCCUAGCAUAUCCAUCCUCAGCUACCUCAGCCGAAUCCAUAAAUAUUGCCCUACCACCUACGAGGUGUUUUUAAGUCUUCUGGUAUAUUUCGACAGAAUGACCGAGAGAGUGAACGCUCUGCCUAUGCAAAGCCUUCGACAGGCAAACCAGCAAUCUCUGGAGCGAGCUAACGCACGUGCUUCUGGAACCGCACCUGCUGCCACAAGCACAGGUACGGGCAGCACAUCAACGCCACAGACUUCCUCCACUGCACCAGUGCAAGCCGCGACGCCUCCUCCGUCUGGUUCUCUAGGCAGACCAGCCGAAACCAUGGCAAAGGAGCCUCAACCUCCCUCUCCACCUCAACAGAUCGAGCCGAGCCUUGAAUCCGACCCAUACAACCUUUCGCAUUUUUUCGUUGUCGACAGCUUCAACAUCCACCGCCUAGUGAUUGCUGGAGUAACUUGUGCUAGCAAGUUUUUCUCGGACGUAUUCUACACCAAUUCCAGAUACGCAAAGGUUGGAGGACUCCCGCUGGUGGAAUUAAACCAUUUGGAGCUACAAUUCCUUCUGCUUAACGACUUCCGCCUCUCAGUGCCCCUGGAAGAGAUGGAAGCAUAUGGCACAAUGCUGGUCGAGUUUUAUGCUAGAGAGGUCGUCGCCGAACAACAUGAUCGUCAGAAUAGCGCAAAGAGCCAACUCGGGCAAUAA